AUGACUCCUCUUCCCCUGUUACUGACAAAUAUAUCACUAUGCAUCUUGGCUGGAGUAUCAGGAAUUUCCUUCAACUCAUGGAUUGUAAGCGUGAAUAUUAAGGACUGGAGAAGAGGCGUCCGGAUGAGUCCAUGUGAUCAACUUCUCAGUUUUAUGGGUCUGGUGAACAUAUUAAUGCAAACAGUGUGGAGUGUGGACAUGUUCCUCGGCCAAGUAACAUGUAAGGAAACAUUUGCUCGAAUAGACCUAUGGUUUUACUUUUUCUUGUUCUUCAUUGUUCCCUAUAACAUGUGGCUGACCGCCUGGCUCUCCACCUACUUCUGCCUGAGAAUUGUCAGCUUCACUAAAGGAAUCUUCUUAGUCAUGAAGAUGAGGAUCUCUGGGUUUCUACCAAAGCUUCUGGUGGCCUCGGCUGUUUACUGCUUCUUCUUGGCAAUUCAAUUACCAUGGAACAUCCAUGCUGAAACCACUCAAGCAGUAAUAGGAAAUGCUACAUCUAAUUCUACUAGUGAAUAUGUCACCGUCACAGUUAGAUUCCCCUAUAUCAUUACAGUUGGCGUGGGAACCAUAUUACCACUCCUAUUGACUCUGAUCCCCAUAGGACUGACCCUGGUCUCGCUGUGGAGGCACACGUAUAGGAUGAAGAUGAAUACAUCAGACUCCUGUCGCCCUCAGACACAGGCUCAUGUCACAGCGGCCAGAACCAUGAUCCUCCUGGUCACCCUACACACAACUUUCCAAGCAUGCGCCAUCUCUUAUCUGAUGAGAAUAUUCAAUAUUAUAGGGAUUCCCCUAUUUUUUUGUUGGUAUUUUCUGUUGUUCUAUUGUACGUUGCAAUCCAUUGUCAUUAUAACAGGUAAUACAAAGCAGUGGAAGGCCAGCAAAGGGAUCCUAAGCCGCUCUGGUCUCACGUGCCAGGGGGUCCCAGCAACUCAGGAUGGUUAA